UGCCCACUAUCCCGUAGCAUACCAUGACCGUACUAGGACCGUUUCAGACAAAAAACUAUUCUUUGUAUUGAGAAGUAUGAGACUAUGCCCACUAGACCGUUCCGUCACCGGCCGACACCGUAGCGUGCCAACGUGCCAUGCACGGGCCGUCAACUAUUCGUCGGAGGGAAUAUUUUGCCGGUGCGGACACGCUACGUGCAUGGCACGCGACGUUGCCAGACCGCUGCGCGCAGGCGGCUAAACGGUGACUGAGCGGGGAGUAUGACCGUUACAAACCCGUUUUAAAUGCGUUGUAGCAGUGUUGCUCUGUUGCCAGUCCGUUAAUUAGUUCAACGAGAGGCGUGAAUGCGUAUAGAUGUGUAAAAAUGGAGGACGAAAAACUAAUAGAAUGUGUACGUAAAUAUGAGUUUAUAUAUAAUUUACAACAUCCGAAGUAUAUGGAUAGUGUAAAAAAAGAAAUGGCUUGGAAGGAUAUUUCGGAACAACUAAAACAACCAGCUGCAGCUUGCAAACAAAGAUGGCAAGGGCUAAGGGAUGCAUACAGACGAGCACUAAAUAAGAAAAAAGGCAAAAGUGGACAAGCAGCGAAAAACAUUAAGAAAUGGAAGUAUGAAGAUGAAAUGGCUUUUGUUGCUUCGUUCUUUGUCGAGAGAAAAUCUUUAGAAUCCGUUGAGCUGACAAGUGACGAUGAAGAGUCACAGCCGAAUAGCGAUACAGGAACUGAAAUUCAGAACCAUCACUUCAACAAUGAGAUCGAUAAUACUGUUGAUAUUGCUGCUGCAGAAAAUAUUACGGCCACCGAAAUUCAGAACGAAGAUGACAUUACUGCCAGUAACAAAUCCUCACAACCACGACUCAGUCAAGCAAAAAAGGCCAAGACAAUAAAGAGAGGUAAAAUUCAACCACCACAAACAGCAUCCGCUGUAUUGAUGUCGAAAUUGUUAGAAGCGCAAAAUAAAUCUCCACGACAAGACGAUGAAUUAGACAGAUUUUUUUUGCACAUAUCAGAUACAGUAAAGAAGUUUUCUCCUUACUUACAAGCCAUCGCAAAAAACAAAAUAUUCAGUUUAGUUUCCGAAAUGGAGUUACAGCAGCUCGCACCACCUAACUUUGCUACAGCUACACCACCGUAUGCCUAUGCUUCAUCUCCAGCAUCGACUUCUUCGAGCGUACAAGCGAGUGCUACACCUAUGCCUCCGUCUCCUGAGUUUUGGAACACUGACGAGUGGAAUAAUAAUAAUCAAGCAUAA